CAUCCAUUCGGUGCUAAAGUCACACCGGGGACCUACUGAGGAGGGGGGGAAAUCCACGGGCCAAGCAUUUAUUUCAAAUACAUAUCUAUAGAUCUGUACCACCACCAAAUCAGGUGCCUUAACAGGAAGAGAAGUUGCCUUUUCUUCACGCCUUUAUAAACUUUGGAUUCUAAAGGGAGAGAUCACCUUGGGGGCUUUCCCCAUUUUUGACCCCACAACUUUGCUUGGGGCCGUGAUUGUGGUGUCGAACUCUGCCAACAGCCUUUCAAGUUCUGGAUUCCAUUUUUGCCGGUGGUGACCUUCCAACAUGGGCAUUAAAACGACAUUGCCGACUUACGAGCUGGGGCUCUACGCUUUGGUUGUGCUGGGCGCCAUCAUUUACAGUGGGAUGGAGAUCUUUGAAAGCUCUCAAGAGAGCAUGAACCGAAAGGCCUUUCGGGAGAACAUAAAACCAGGAUGGCAUUACUUUGGCAGGAAAAUGGACUCUGCUGACUUUGAAUGGGCCAUGUGGUUCACUUCGUUCAGAAACUUCAUCAUCUUUGCCCUUUCAGGGCAUGUUCUCUUUGCCAAGAUCUGCUCCAUGACUGUCCCUCAGUACAGGUCUGUGGUAUACAUGGUGUAUGGGAUGCUGGCAGUGCUGGGCACAAUGGGCACUACCUACCUGAUGAUCAUCCUCUCCCACUGCCUGGUGCUCUACACCAUUGCGUUGACUAAGCAGAAGUGGCUGUGCUUUGCUGCUGGCCUUUGCAGCCUGGCUUCCUUCAAGGUGGAGCCCUUCAGCACCUGGCAGAAUGGGUUUGUAACAGGAACUUUUGAUCUUCAAGAUGUUCUCUUUUAUGGAGGGAGUGGCUUCAGCAUCAUGCGCUGCAUGAGUUUCGCCCUGGAGAACUGUGAGAAGAAGGAAGGCAACUACUCCAUCUUCGCCUUAUUGAAAUACAAUUUCUACCUCCCCUUCUUCUUCUUUGGGCCAGUCAUGACCUUCGACCGAUUCUGUGAGCAGGUCCACAUCAGUGAGCUGCGGCGUAAAGAUUAUGAGAUGUGGCACAUCCGAGUCCAUGCUGUCAUCCAUCUUUUGGCCAUUGCGAUUGUGGAUGUCUUUUUCCACUUCUUCUACAUUCUGACUCUCCCUUCAGACAUCAAAUUUGUAAGCCAACUCUCGGACUGGGCCUUGGCUGGCUUGGCUUACUCCAACCUGGUGUAUGACUGGGUAAAAGCUGCUGUGAUGUUUGGGGUUGUCAACACCAUCGCCAGGCUGGAUCACCUGGACCCACCUCAGCCCCCCAAGUGCAUCACCAUGCUCUACGUCUUUGCAGAAACGCACUUCGACAGAGGAAUUAAUGACUGGCUGUGCAAGUAUGUCUAUGAUUAUCUUGGGGGGAACCAUGACAACAUCUUGAAAGAGCUGGUGGCCACUAUCUCCACGUUUGUUGUCACUACUCUCUGGCUGGGCCCUUGCGAAAUUGUUUACAUCUGGUCCAUCUGCAACUGCUUUGGCCUCAAUUUUGAGCUGUGGGUUCAGCAGUUUUUUCAGCUGAAGCCAUUUGCCUGGAUAGAGGGUAUGUUGUCCGAGGCAAUGUCCCGACGGAUUCGGGCCUUCUUUGGGGCGGCCAAUUUCUGGGCCAUUGUCCUCUAUAAUAUCCUCGCCCUCAACAGCCUAGACUUUGCACUUCUUGUCUCCAGGAGAAUUCUUCUAACAGGUUUCCCCAUUAGCACUCUCUCCAUUUGGCUCAUUACCUACUGUGGUGUGCAGCUGAUCAAGGAAAGAGAACGGAUCCUGGCCAUCCGAGAGGAGGAGAAAGAAGCCAAGGAAAAGGCAGAGUAAAGGACGAAUGAAGGAAGGCUGGUCUGCAAAAUGGAGACUGCCUCUCACUGUCUUCCUGGAUCCACUAAGCCAAAGCACCGGAUCUUUACGCCUCGGGUACUGAGCACAGCCAGCUGCAAAGCUCCUCUGUCACUGUGGACAACCUCACCUGUGUAAUACAAAUCCUUUUCCAGUUUAAAUAAAAAGAUAUUUUCUAUAA